CGUCACUGCGGUCCUAUUAUGUGCGUCCUCAGAUCGAAGUGCUGAUUCCUUUCGCACGCAAGCUGCCUAGCUGCGUUUCUAUUUAUUCGAAGUAUCCGCUCAUGCGGUACUAUCGAAGGCGGUGUAUUAAUGAAAGCCGAUGUUCCAGAAUGCCCAUUCAUCUUGUCAGCUAUUAGGGCCCGGAAAGUGAUCCAUUCUGUAUGGACGUUGAUGCAUAGUAGCAACCUGUGUAAAAAUUGUAUAAUAUACCAUUUUUGUGGUGGGAGAGAGCGUGGUACUUAUCUUUUUUUUUUAAGAUUUUCAAUAAUUUCUCUGUUUAAGCAAGAACCUAUAGCUAAGCGUUGUCUCUACGAGCAUGACCUACUUACUUCGCGAUAAUUACAAAGCCCGACUUGAUAUAUCAAUAAUACCGGUACAUUAACAUGUAUGCGUUAUAUGCUUGCCACUUUUUUCCUUGUACCUCACUGAUGUAUUUCUUAAGUUUUACUAAUUAUUUUUUAACUAUACGGUGAUAGUUAGCGGUCGCUACUAGUUCUAUGCAACGAGCAACUUCCGUGAGUCGAAAAUAACGCACGGCGAUGCCUCGAACGAUCAGUUUGAAGCCUUUGGAUGCUGACAUGGCCAGGAUGGUAGAGAAAAGCCGAUGCUUCAUGUAAAUAUAGAAUUAACUGAUCAUGACAAUCAAUUAUAGAACCUCCCAAUAGUAUCUGCACUGAAUUUUCGUUCGUCUAGUAAGUUGAAGACACGAUUGACGUUGUUAUAAAUGUGUAGGAUUUUCGUCACUUCUACGUGCCAACCUUGCUGAGUCAUGAUUAAGUCGUGUUGUAACAAACACAAAUCCUUUCGUAGAUUCUGUAAAAUUCUUAAACCUAUCCCGAUAUCGGGUUAAGAGUAAUAACAGUCACUGACGCUCACUGCGCUGCCGAAGUGUCUUUUUUUUCGAUUACUCGACAAAUUUAUUGAAUUGCACCUUGAAUAACGAGAGAUCGUUUUACAGGUAUCCAGAUUGACAAAUGUCUAUGUAUGUAAAAAAUGUAUUUUGAUAGGAAGAUGCCUGUAGAUGGCGUAUCUUCUCUACCAUUUGUCGAGACAUUAUGCAGGAGGAGCGACAUCCCUAAAUUUUACUUUUUGUUUGAAGCGAAGAAUAUUCCCGUUUGACGGGAAUUUACCGGCUGACUGUUACAUGAAUACAAUAUUAUAGCGUAUGUACAUGCCGAAAUGAAAUUUUCCACCGACUGCAUCCUUCCCACUGCACAGUCUAUUCAAAACGUUUUAAUUGGUAAAUGCGUGAUGACAGUGCCUUGCUUGACUGUACCCUUUAUUAGCAGAGGCUUUAUGGGCAGUGCCCUCGCAGAAGAUUCGCCUAGGCAGCCGCUUGCCUUCAUCCAUGUAUAGGCUAGGCUUAGUGUAGCCGUCUCAACUCCCCGCUUGCAGCCCUGAGUGGUACGAUGUCUCGACUCAAUUGCUCGAAAGCUCUAUUCGACUGCAGAGUUGCCUAACGCGCAGUGAACAGCCCUGCUUAGCGGGUUCGUGUUUAAAGCGAUGGUCGCUGCGACCUCGUGGUGGACCUUGACGCAUUCGUUCACUGCAUCUGGCAAAACAAAUCGAACACAGGUUUGAUAUAAUUCAAGGAGACUGACCUAGUCCCGCUUUUCUUGGUGGCCUGCUUCUUGUACGGGGUAUGAGCAACAUCUCAAAGGGCCUUGGCCUAAGAUUCCCUGUUCAGAGGAUUAUUUUAUUUUUGCUUAUUAUUUGAACUAUUGCCUUAUUUCGUUUCUUUCUUUUCGGACACUUGCUUGCAACAAUGCCAUUGUGUUGUGUCCAUGUCAUUUCCGAAAACGGACAAAUGGAUACGAUCAUACUUUAUACCUAAGGUCGAUGAAUAACACCGGCUCACCGAUACGUCUAUUACGAACAAUCAAGUAAAUUCACCGACUGAUCGUUACAGUUAGUUCCUGCGAUCAGGACAGGUUAUGUCCUAAAUCAUUCUGAUAAGGCUGCUGCUUUUGUAUAAUCACGCAUGCCUGAUAUUUCGCUAAGCUGUUCAGUGGUAUCGACUUGGUUUCAAAUUCAGUCCUGCGGCUCUUUCUUUUACUUCUUGUUCUAUUAUUAUACAUUGCGAUUAUGAAAGCAGUUUACAUAUGUGAAUGAAAUUCAGCACAUAAAUAUCCCGUUGUUCGGUAGGAAAGAGGUAAUAAACAAACUUUUCUAGGGGAAUAUGGCCGUGAAAUUUUGUACUGUGUUCAGCUAACCAGGUUUUAGCAAACCGGGUUCCUCCGGUGGCAUCCGGUGUGAUCCGAGUGGCCGGUUAUGUCACCGCCUAUCUUAUUGGCUGGUCGAUUGGUCCAUUAAGCUUACAUUAUUCAUCGUCUGAGCGCUCUGCGAUUCGAGUCAGACAGAUGGUAUGAUAUAGGGCGAGCAAGCCUCACAUCCAGUCGGAAAAAAGACCAUAUUAGUGCUAAGCUUCCAGAUCCUAACCUUCAGGAUGUAGAUACACAUACGACAAAUACUAUUGCAAUUUCUCUUACAUUCACAGCGAUGUUUUAUGUAUAGAUAUCCAUUAUAGGGGCAUUAUUAUAGAUGUACCAAUCUCUGUUUACCACAAGCACGUGUUCCUCUGCCACUGAAGUUCAAUAUUGAUGGGAGGGCCAGGUUAAUUUCAGCCCAAAUUGAUUACAGAACGUACCUAAUUGAAUGCAGUAUAUGCCUAUAGCAGUCCCGGAUGUUACACAUAAAGCUUCUCUCAGCUAGAGAAGUAUACGUAAUUUAUAUUCAAAAAACUAUGCCGUAAUACUGCCAGCAUACAAACGCUUUUACCGUGUUAAACGCAGCCAGACUUUACUUUUGUGCUUCUUAUCAUACGAGACAAUUGCUGCUAAACUGGUCGAACUAUAACAUUUCGAAAAUUCUUAAUAGCCGUCCUAAAAGGUGCGGGGUGUUUAUAAUAGAAACUCUGGAAUAUUUAUUCACGAUCGAUCUUUAAGGGGGUGGUCAAGUGGCUUCAUUAGCGUUUCUUAUAGUAUAUAUAUACACAUAUAUAUCCCUGCGUGUGUGACUGGCUGAGAUUUAGGAUUUUAACAAUAUGGAUGUAAGCUAGGCAAUAAAAUAAAAGGCAGUAGCAGGAGGUAAUAACCUAACUAGUCGGCUGUUGAGCUAUCGUGUUAAUUGUUACUUUCGAAAAAAACCGGCCUCGUUCACUUGCUGCCCUGAUCUACUCUAUUAGCAUUCAAGUAUCGUUUGAAGCAACAGAAUUAAUGUUUGAAACAAGAUUCUAAACAAAUCUUUGUCAGAUUCCAAAUGGGCGAUUUUCCGCAUCACGACGAGUUUCUGGUGCCAAUGGAUGUGUUCGGUUCCUCAUUUGAUGAAUACCGCCAAAGGGUGCGACGACAAAUCGAUGACAUCAUGCAGAGUGCUAUGCACCGACCUGAGCGGGAUCUUCGCAGACAGCUUAGCGGAAUAUUCAACCGCUAUUCCAGAACCUUCCAAGACGACAUGUUUAAUGAUAUUUUUAAAGAGCUCGAAUUCCCCUCCGACAGUAGCUUCCAGAAGGUAGCGCGUGAGGUAAAAGCCGAGGUCGAUGAAAAAAACUGCCUGCUCGUUGAAUUGGACAUGCACGAAUUCGAGCCAGAGAAGAUCACAGUAAAAGCAGUUGAGAACCAGCUUAUAGUGCACGCAAAAACGCAGACGCCUACCUGCUGCAAGGAGUUCCGUAGAGAAAUUCAACUUCCUGACGGAAUAGAUCUGGACACUGUCACUUCAAAUCUCAGCCCUGAGGGUAAACUUUCAAUACAUGCUCAGAUGCCUGUAGGUCAGCAGCCGCAAAUGAGUAGGCAGUCUCAGCCUCAGCGAGUUAGUCAUGGCCGUACGGAAUUGCAGACGGCACCCAUCGCAUCCAACAAUACGGUCGAAGCAGAACCUACGGAGGUACAUAAAUCUGAAGUAUGCUUCAACGUUGGACCUGCGCCUACGCACUAGUAAUGACCAACUUCGAAAUGCCGUAAGGUCAAUCACUCGUUUGAUCCAAUGCCACAGUCUUCCUACUACUGUUACGUUUGGUUGCCUACCAUCUGCUAAUAGCGCUCAGUUGAGCCGGUUCGUAUGAUGACAUAUUACGACAAUCAAUUAAAAGCUACGGGACGAAAGAAUCAGAAACAUUUUAUAUCAUUACUGCAUACCUCGUUUGGCUGAACAGAUUCAGAAUUGCGUCACUCCAUCGCAUGGACAGGCCUUACAAACACCUGCUUUAUCUGCUAUAUGUAUUUUUGAUAUACACUAGAAAUAAUUACGACUAUAGAUGUUGCGGCGCAUAUAGCAAUUAUCAUUACUUCACCCAUUUUGGUACACGAUACAGACCGUCAUCGACACCGAGCUCAUCUUGCUGGCAGCCGCGAGAGCGUACAACGAGGUCUCAUCAUUCCUACUAUUUGAUGGUGAUUGUGGAACCGUUCAACUCGAUGAAACUCUUUACCCACACCCUCAUUCAGGCCACAAUUUAUACUCAUCUUACAACAUGAACACAUAAAAUGAAAUUAAAAAAAAAAAAGUUAUGUAAACGUAAAACAAAGAAAGAAAUAACUUUAAAAAAGGUAAUACAAUGUACAAAUCGCGUAUGAAGUUGCGUCAUGUUUAAGGUAGAUUGUGCUAAUUAAUGCGUGCAUUGCCAAUCAAAUCUAGGCUUUCGUUGAAACUUAUGAAUUUGCUGCAAAUAAAAUGUCUAGUAUGAUAAAAUCUA